AUGGAAGUGCAGACCCCCCAGAUCCGCGACAUCUUGUCCGUUGUUGAGGACAAGGAAAACUCGCUCAUCUUCCACAAGAAUGUGUCGAUCCCGCUGAAGGCCUCGUCUCUCCCCAUCCGUGCCAACGUUUACCUGCCGCUCUCGGCCAACUCUGGCGACAAGUUUCCUGUGCUGGUCACGUACGGGCCGUAUGGCAAGGAUAUCCCCUACGAGACGUUUUACAAUGGCUCCUUUAACGAGGUCAACCCUGAGCACCGCUCCAAAUACAGCGCAUGGGAGACGCCUGACCCGGUGUACUGGACGCGGCAGGGCUAUGCCGUUGUCCGUGCAGACGAGCGCGGCCUUGGCCAGAGCCCUGGGUUCUUGGAUACCAUGAGCAAGGGCACCAGCGAGUGCUUCUUCGACGUUGUUGAAUGGGCGGCGGAGCAGCCAUGGAGCUCCGGAAAGGUUGGCUUGUUGGGAAUCUCGUACUAUGCAGGCACCCAAUGGCGAGUGGCCGCCAGACGGCCCAAGGGCUUGGCCGCCAUUAUCCCUUGGGAGGGCAUGUCCGACUACUACCGGGACCGCUGCCAGCAUGGCGGUAUUCUGUCAAACAAAUUUAUCGGAUUCUGGUGGAACCGCCAAGUCCUUGUAAACCAGUAUGGAAAGCCUGGAAGGUCCAAGUUGACCUUCCCCCCUGAUGGCCCUGGUGCACGAGGACAGGAGGAUACGAUCGAGGGUGACCUGCCAGAAGAUGUUCUGGCCAAGAACCGUCAGGACCAGACUAUUGACAACGCGAAAUACAAGUUCAGAGACGAUGAUUACUAUGCCAGCAAGGAGUUCAACCUCGAGGACAUCGAGGUGCCUCUCCUCAGUGUUGCCAACUGGGGUGGUAUCCUGCUACACUUACGUGGAAAUGUGGAGGGCUACAACCACGCUGGUUCCAAGUUCAAGUACCUGCGAUUCAUCACUGGUCGUCACGACCUGCCAUUUUACUACAAGGAGGAGGUUGAGGUCCAAAAGAGUUUCUUGGAUGCCUUCUUGAAGGGAGAUGACCGAGUUGGCUGGAGCCAGCCUGGAAAGGUUGCGCCAGUCACCGUCACUCUCCGAAAGGGAGACGUCGGCUUCAACGACGCUGAAAAGGAGAAGGCAUACCCCAAGAGAGACGAGGAGGCCUGGCCGAUCCCCAGAACUCAGUACACCAACUUCUACCUGACCCCCGACCAGACCCUCGUUAAGGACAAGCCCUCUGCCACAGCUUCAAAGGUUAUUUCAUACAAGGCUUUGGGAACUUUGGAGAAGCCCGAGCUCGUUCAGUUCACCACGCCGGCUUUUGAGCAGGAGACUGAGAUAACUGGCCACAUCACUGCCCACCUCAACGUCUCGUUGACUCCCGAGGAGGCAGCCGGCGAGAAGGACAUCGAUCUCUUCGUGACUCUCAGGCACCUGGGCCCCAACGGCAAGGAAAUCCACUACACUGGUACAGCAGGUGACCCAGUGCCACUUACCAAGGGAUGGCUGCGAGCAAGCUUCCGAAAGGUGCACACGGAUCACCCGAAGAACCGACCUUACCUGCCGCACCGCGAGUAUUUCUCAACCGAUGUGCUGCCGGUCAAGGCUGGCGAGGUCUACGGCGUGGAUAUCGAGGUCUGGCCGUCGAACGUGGUCGUUGAGAAGGGCGGCAAGCUGGUGUUUGAGGUCGCCAGUGGCGAUACCCAGGGCUCUGGUAUCUUCCAGCACGUCUCCGAGACAGACAGGACAACCGCCAAGUUUGCCGGCCAGAACCACAUUCACUUCGGUGAAGGUCUGGAGAACUACGUUACCCUCCCCGUCAUCCCUCCCAAAUAA